ACAUAAUUUCUUGGAGAGUGAACUUGAUUUUCCCAUAAUAUCCCCCUUGGUUUCAUGCUUAAAAGCCACCCAUGUGGAUGUAAUUCGGUGGAUUUUGAGCCCGUCCUAAAGCCCAUUCAAUCGUGCAUGAAAGCUUUUUCGGCGGAAAACCGGGAAAACGUGACAUUUUCCCCAUCUCUCUGUGCUACACACAAUUUUCGGGGGGGUACAGAGUCAUUUGUGUGACUGUAUGCGCGACAAGAGGCGAUUACCUAACAAUGUACGCAUGAAGUGUGUUUAACAAUUCUCACAGUGUGUUCUUCGGUGUGAUUACAAAACACUUUUUUCUGUCCGCCAAAGUUAAGUGAUCUUGUUUUUUAUCCUUGCUGGGGAUACUUGUGAAGAAUUAUUAGCAUUUUCAAUUAGAAAAGGAAAAGUGACUAAAAACGGACAUUUUCUGCUUGAUCGUUUUCCUGGGAAUGAUUCUGAAGCCUUGUUUUUUUUCGGAUAAUUAGCCGCUUCUGGUGACUUCUUGGAACCAUUCACACAACUCUAAGAAUACCUAUAAGAUCUACAUAUAUAGGAAGAAAGCUCGUCUGCCUGUUGUGAAGCUAAAGCUCUGCGGUGAGCGAACAGUAAGCACCAGCUCGACGCGAGAGUGUCUCUCUGGGAGCCAAGUUGAUUCUCUCAGAGUCAGUACCUCUCAGUCAGUCGUCUCGAGGCAGCCGCUUCAUUCGCGUCGAGCAUUCACUGGGUGUCGGACGUGCCUGCCCGUGGUUCCCUAAAGUUGCUAGUUUAGUGCAAUUGCCGAGUGGUUCUUGCAUAAAGGCAAAAACCGACGUCAGACUUACAAAAGUGAUUUUAGAAAAAGGAGUAUUUUUUGAGUGAAUGGUGAAUGUGAAAUCUGGCUGCUGAAGAGUUAAUUUGGUGUUCUCCAAGAAGUGAAUCAGAGAGUUCUUUUUGGGGACGUUCUUGGAAGGUUUUUACAGCGGGAGGCCAAGUGUGAUUCAAUCGUGUUUCGAGGCAAAAAUAUUAUGUAAUACAAUGAGCGAAUUAUUCAACCACACAUUGUGUUGAAUUUUGUGAACUUUCUGCGCUGUUCUAAGCGCCAAAAAGGCGCAAUUUCUAGAGUCCUGUGCAGGGAGUGUGAUAGGGAGCAUAAGGACGUGCCACAGGACUUGUCCGUUGCGACAUCCCUCACAGACAGCUGGAAGACAAGUUUGUGAAAAUUUGUGAAUGUUGUGUAAUCAAUUUUGAGGGAAAAUAAUAAGAGGUGUCCAAUAGAGUGAUUCAGUGACUCACAGUUUGUGGGUUCAUUCUCAAGUUCUUUGUCUCACUAGAGAGAGUGUCGGGUAGACAAAAAGCAAGUGGCAAGAAAAAGCCAGGAAUGGACUCUCAAAAAGUGUAACCAUCUGCAUCGGGAAAGAGGAAGAAGGUGAAGAGACGGCACAAAAAAAGACGUUUAAAUUGCAAACACGUUAACCUCGGUGUGAGGCAGCUUUUUGAAAACAAACACCCAACGUCACACUUUUAUCUGAGGUGAUUACAUAAGUACAUGACCAAGUCCGUCGUAUCUAGAGUUCUUGGGAGGCAAACAGAAAAGAGAGAUUUUGUUUGUGCAAAAUAGCGCGAAAAUCCUACAGUAAUUUUUUUUUGUCUUUUUCAAACAUUAUUUUCCUAAAGCUAUCCACUUAUAUAGUGCUUCCGGAAAACAAAAUAAAAUAAUCCCCCUCACGCUGCAAAUUGACGAUCUCAUAGCCGUUAUUAAACAGUUCAACAAAAUGCGAUAAGAAGAUCCCAUUUUCUCAAGAAUCUUGGUGUUUGUGUUUGAAAAAAAUAAAGAGUGAGAAUAGUCUAGAAAAAAAAAGUGGUGCGCGUGUGAGACAACAAGGCACAGAAAUAAAACGUGAUUCACACUAUCAAUUGGAAUUUAUAUAACGAGUGUCACUAGCGAUCGUAUCCACCCUCAAGAUCGCACCUUAGAGCCCUGCACGUGAUCUCUCACCUGCGUUUGCAGCUCACGUUGCACCAUCACGCGGCUGCGGAGCCGUUACUGGCUGAUCCUCAGGGUGAUGUUGAGGCGAUCAAGCGUUUCGAUAUGGCGACACUGAUCGAUGUGGCCAAGAGUGAGUUCGCCAAAUCAAACUUUGGCAUCGCAAUUGAGCUCUAUGCUCAAUGCAUGCGCAACAGGAGUGUCGACACACCCUUAUGUGACCUAUACUUCGGCUAUGCUGACUGCCUAGCUCACCUAGGUCGUCUGCCUGAAGCUUUCGAUGCAUACGCCCAUGUAUGCAACUACCUAGCACCUGGAUGCAUUGUGCCCCUCGAUAGAUGGCGUCAUGCCACUAUUGCUCUUAUCCAGAGCUGCACUCUAUCACCGCUCUCCCGGCGGUCAUCUCUGUCCACCAUAACGACCACAAACACCGCUUCACCCUCAAUAAAUCUCUCUACCACCCUCGAGCCCAUCGCAGAUGCACUCUUGUGCCCAGCCUGCGAGGAAAUACCCAUAACACCCGUCACACUUGUCUGUGGGCACACGCACUGCAGACCCUGUGUCCGUGAGCGUCUUGCAUGCAGGGUAUGUGGCCUGAAGAUAGAUUCGAGUGAUCAGGAGAAGGAUGUACUGGUUAGUCGGCUGGUGGAGAGAUGGUGGGGUCAGGAUAUCAAGGCGGAGGCAAUUAAUGAACAAGCUCAGCGGUUCUUAGACAAAUGCCUCUAUGACGAGGCUCUAAGAUGCUGCAACCAAAGUCUUGAGCAAGCUCCCAACAACUUCAAGGGUCUGCUUAUACGUUCAGAGGUGCUCUACUGUCUCAACCAAUUCCAAAGUUCCUUGGCCGAUGCAGACAAUGCUCUGAGAAGCCGACCAACAUCGUACAAGGCACAUUUCCAGAGAGCUGUAGCUCUGGCCAGUCUGGGACGCCAUGAGGAAGCCCUGGUUGCUCAUUGUGUGGCAGUGAGUCUGGAUAAAACUGCACUCAGUGCUCCCACCGCCCUUAAGCAUGACAUCACACGACUCCUCCAUCGACUCCUUGUGCCACAGUAUCGGGUCCACCAGAGCACCACAAUGCCCACACCCUUUAGGAAACGCCGGAAAGUCUUCACCGUGCGCUCCAUGAGUGACUGCGAAGAUGGAAAUUCGAGCUGUGGUGAAGAGGAGAAUUUUCUGCAUGUGCCCAAAAGGAGCCGACGAUCCUUAGGACGCCAGGGGCAUGAAGAUGAUGUCAUUCCACCGCCAAAUACGCGGCUCAGAAGUCUUCUUGAGCGCAUCCACCAGGAAGUCCAUAAGAUCAGGCGUGCAGAUACCCGCACGAACCCACCUCAGGUGAAUCCAACAUUGAUUGAAGCAUCAGAUUUCGAUUGCGUGCUGUGCUGUCGCACCCUGUGGAAGCCUGUCGUGACGCCCUGUGGACAUACAUAUUGCUCGAUCUGUUUGGAUAGAUGCAUGGACUACAAGCAACAGUGUCCACUGUGUAUGUUUCACAUUGAGGAUACGAUGUCACUGGCCAGGCAUGGAGCCACUAGAUUCCUCGAAGUGGCCAUGCAGCGUUUCAUCCCAGUCGCUUAUACAAAACGGAAGCGCCAGGAGCUUGAGCCUUCAGUGCCCAUCUUCAUCUGCACUACGGCUUUCCCUAGUGUCCCAUGCCCUCUUCUCGUCUCCGAGCCCAGGUAUCGCCUGAUGGUUCGACAGGCCAUCGAGAGUGGGGACAGGCAUUUUGGCAUAGCUCAGCCAAGUGGUAAACCGCCUCAGAAUGGGCGGCAGCAGUACUUUGAGUACGGGACCAUGCUCGAUAUCCGGGAUUGCGUGUUGCUGGGCAAUGGAUGUUCCAUUCUCAGCACUGUUGGCAGUCGGAGGUUCAGGGUGGUGGCCAGAGGAGAGAAAGAUGGCUACGAUACGGCCAAAGUUGAGUACAUCUGCGAUAGUCCAAUCAGCAGAGAAAGAACGGGAUAUGUAGCCAAGCUGCAUGAGAGAGUCUUGGGCAAGGCAGUGGAAUGGUUCGAGAGGCUGCCAGAGACCUACAAAACAGAGAUUUUGAGGAGCUUUGGACAAAUGCCACAGGUGGAGGAGGAGUGGGUGACCGAAAGGGAUGGUCCAGCGUGGGCUUGGUGGAUAAUUGCCAUCCUACCCCUCAAUCAGCAGCUCAAGGGAACUAUCCUGAUGGAGACCAAUCUGGAGAAGCGACUCUUGGCCAUUGAUAAGACGCUGGCGUGGCAGGAUAAGACCACUGCCCAGAAACGGCAAUCAGCUGAACCAUGUUCUCCCUGUGGAAGUGACGGUCUCCCGGAUUGCCCAACAGUGGACUGCUGCCAACGUGGUUCAUCCUCGAGUCACUUGGACGAACGCACGAGUCCCAAUCAUGCCACCCACUUCCUCAUGUAGCUUUAAUCGCCCGCAGGCCAAACCCAGAAGGAGCAGGAUGAGAGCUUUAAGGACAACCAAGUCUCCAAGAGGAAUAUGUGCCACUCCAACAUGUAUUUAAGGGAAUCACAAAAUGGAAAAAAAAUUGCAAUGCGAGGACGGGCGCUGUGAAUUGACAAUCUUAAACGGAACCAUUCUCAUUUUGAAAAAAAAAACUCUUCACAUUCUUUCAAAGUCUUUUCCACAACUUUUCUUUAACUUUUUUUUCACUUUCUAUCCCCUUCCGGGAAGAUUGAGCAUCAUAGACGCAAAAGCUGCAUGUUUGAAAGAAAUCUGUGUUACGAUUUAACAGUUGCAUUAAGAUUAAUUUAAUUAUUUAUUUGGCAAAAUAAUGAAUUUAUAAAGUCCAAUAUUUUAUUUUAAAAAUAGUUUUUUUUCACAUUAAUCUUCAACCAGAUAAAAGCUCCAUUUAAAAGUAUAAAUCCAAGAUAAUCGACAAGAGAGGUUUUAGGAAUUAGGAAAAAUGAGCCAUUUAAUAUUUCAUAAAGAAAAAAUGAUAAAGAUAUAUAUAUCUUAAAUAGAAUAGAUAGAUGUUUAAAUGUACUUUUGAGGCGAUAGAAUAAAAGAAAUAAAAAUAUAUAAUAAAAAAAUGAAGAAUAAAAGAAAAUAAUUUACUAGUUUUAGUCCAAGAUCUGAGAAUGAAGAAGUAUUUAGACAUUUCAUUUUUUUACCAACUAAAAAUUACUAAAGAAACUAAAUUCUGACUCUAUAUUUCUAGGCAAAAUAGUAAAGAAAUCCUCUGCAAAGAAAAAAAAAUCUUACAAGUGUUAGAAAAAAAAUUCAAAGGAGAUAAGUGUUUAAAUGUGAUAUAUUAAAGUGUAGAGAGUGAAAAAAUAUAUGAAAAAAAAUUAUAUUUCUCGAUUUUUUAUACGACCACAACUAGCUAGUUCUACUAUUUAAAUUGAUCUUAUACAAUAUAUUAAAUUAUAUUAUUUAUAAAAGAAAAGAAAAAUAUUGUGACAAAAUCACACCAACACAGUUUAGCUCUUUGCAAUAAGAAAAAAAAUAAUUAUUGAAAAAAAAGAAGAAAAAAGAUAAUGUAAUAAAACAUUUUUUAAUAAAUUCCUCCAUCAAUGUA